AUGGUCAAAUUACUUGACUAUGACCAGCGCAUGCAAAUACUGCAGCAAUCGCAAACGGCAUAUUUUAUAUGCAUCGUGGUCUGCCAGUGGAUGGACGUGAUUUGCUCAAAAACACGCAGGCAAUUGGGUACUCAAUUUCAGCAUAUGUUUCGAGACGGCACUAUGCCUUGGGUAUGGCUGUGCGGUUUACCAUUCUUUAUAUAUUUGAUGUGUUAUGAAGAGUUACGUAAAUUCUUGAUACGUCGGUACCCCGACUCCUGGCUGGGCAAAGAGCUGUUGAUUUAGCCAUGCUUAUUUUACUAUUAUAGUUCUACUUUUAGUAUUAUUUUAUUGUUAAUUUUAUGGAUUAAAUGUUUUGGAUGUGCUAGUG